AUGGCGAACGAAGACUACCAUGAGAUGGAAAUGUCCAGGCGCAGCAUCAAAAUCAACACCAUCAGACAGGAACUGGAAGAUGCCAGUGAGCGCGAGCAGGAGGCGCAGGAGCGGCUCGCCCAAUUAGACCGGCAGAUUCAAGAGAAGAAGGUGCACAUUGUGGUGUUCAAGCAAAAUGCACAGGGGAUGGAGGAUCAAGCAGCUGCGUCGGAGGCGUUCUGUCUUCAGAACCACCGCUUGAUGAAGGAAGAUGAGGAGGAUGUUCGGAGUGAAGCUGAAGCCUUGAAUGAGAAAUUGGCUAAGACGGCCAGAUCUCUUGAGAAGGCCCAAGCUGAUGCAAUACAGGCCCAGAGGGCUGCUGAAGCACAAGAGGAGGCCAAAAAGCGGCAGGCAGAAGAAACCGCCAAACAUGCCGCACAACUUGCUACUUUAGAAGCCACAAUGGCCGCUGCCACUGCAGAUGUGGAGAGUAUCCAGGAGACGAUCCGUGAAUUGGAGGUAACUCUGGAAAUGGAAAAGAAGACUGGAAAGGAACUGCAAGAUUCCGUGAACGCAGAGGAGGAGAAACGACAAGAAACCCAGCUGGAGUGCGAUCGCCUCAUGCAUUUCCUGGAGUCCUUGAGCUCGCGGGGCAACAAAGAGGAGCUGUCCAAGGCCCUGGCCGCUAUGCAGCGGGAACAUUCGCAGCUCCAGCAGGAGUUGAUUACCAAGAAAACGAAUGUGCUAAUCAAGCAGCAGGAGAUCCGAGGGCGUUUGGAUGAGACUCGCAGGAUUCACGAGGAGCGGAAGGUCAGCGCAGCCGACGUGGCUGCUAUUGCCCUCAAUGCCAGCGGGCCCAUUGCUGCUUUGACUGUGACUUUGGAGGAGGAGAGAAGAAAAGCGGAAGCUGCAAGAGAGACAAGGCUGCAGUUGGAGGCCGAAGUCGAAGCCUUGGAAAAACAACUGGCAGAGUCUCCAAAAGUAAAUCUCCAAAGUGCCCAACGUCCCACGGAGCCGACGAAGUGCGAGAACGAUCAAUCUGGACAGGAGGAACUCCAGGCUGCCCAAGAGAAAUUGGACGCUGCAAAGAGGCAAUUGCGAGAAAAGGAUGAGGCCCUCCAGAUGGGCCAACAGCAACUGACGCAAACGCGGCAAGAAGCUCAAAAUACUGUGGAGGUGCUCCGGGCGAAGCUCAAGGAAUUGUGGUCCGCCAUUGGGCAGAUCAAAGGUUUCUAG